GGAAGCGCGCGUCAGGACCCGAGCGGCCGGCCGCGUUUUCGUCUCCCGGUAGUCGCGGUGUCUGGUGGCUGAGUGGAUGUCAGGAGCCCAGGACACCGGUGGCCACGGAAAGGAAGGCGCGGGCGAAGCAGACGAGCACGGCACCUCGAGGCCGCCCUCCAGCCGGGGCCACGCGACCACGGAGUGCGGAAGUGCGGACCAAGCGGCCCCAGGAGCACCGUGUACUCGGGCCGGGACCCGCGAGGCUGCGCCCCGACUGGCUGGCGGGAUGGCAAUCGUGCUGGCCCUGAGGGUGGUUGCGGGGCUGGCGGCCGCGGCGCUGGCUGCUUUGCUCUUGGAGUAUUACGGGCUGGCCGCCCUCCCCUCGCCGCUGCCCCAGCCCGGCCACCUCCAGAGACCUCACCCCGCGCCGGGCCCCGGAGACAACAUCUUCUGGGGCCUGCAGAUAUCCGACAUUCACCUGAGCAGGUUUCGCGAUCCAGGCAGAGCCAUAGACUUAGAGAAGUUCUGUUCUGAAACUAUUGACAUCAUUCAACCAGCUCUCGUCCUAGCAACAGGAGACCUGACAGAUGCCAAAACAAAGGAACAGUUGGGAUCCAGGCAGCAUGAGGUAGAAUGGCAAACUUACCAUGGUAUUCUGAAGAAGACAAGGGUCAUGGAAAAAACCAAGUGGCUGGAUAUCAAAGGAAAUCAUGAUGCAUACAACAUUCCAAGUCUGGAGAGCGUCAAGAAUUAUUACAGGAAAUAUUCUGCGGUAAGCAGGGAUGGCUCUUUCCAUUAUGUCCACAGUACUCCCUUUGGCAACUAUUCUUUCAUCUCUGUUGAUGCCACCCAAACUCCAGGGCCAAAGAGGCCCUAUAAUUUCUUUGGAAUUUUAGAUGAGAAACAGAUGAAGGAGCUCUUAUUACUAGCCAAAGAAAGUAGUCGGAGCAACCAUACGAUUUGGUUUGGACACUUUACAACAUCCACUAUCCUUUCUCCACCACCAGGAAUCCAGUCAAUAAUGAGUUCGGCAACAGCAUAUUUGUGCGGACACCUCCAUACACUUGGUGGACUGAUGCCUGUUUUGCACACUCGUCACUUGCAGGGCACUUUGGAACUUGAAGUGGGGGACUGGAAAGAUAACAGAAGGUACCGGAUUUUUGCUUUUGAUCAUGACCUCUUCAGCUUUGCAGACUUGACCUUUGGCAAGUGGCCAGUGGUUCUUAUCACCAAUCCUAAAUCACUCCUUUAUAGUUGUGCUAAACACGAACCACUGGAAAGACUCCUUUACUCAACACAUAUCAGAGUCUUGGCGUUUUCCUUGUCCCCUGUUACUUCCGUCACUAUUAAGAUUGAUGAAGUUAAUUUAGGGCAGGCUGUUCAUUUGUCUGGUCCUAUUUUCAUACUGAAGUGGAAGCCCAGAAACUACAGUAAUGGAACACAUAACAUAGAAGUAAUUGUCCAGGAUUCUGCUGGAAGAAGCAAGAGUGUUCAUCACACAUUUUCUGUUCAAGAGAAUAUUCAUCUUACAUUUGAUCCCCUGGCAUCAUUUAUUCUCCUUACUGACCAUUGCUCUUUGGCCCGGAUCCUUUUUGUGCUGAUUGUGCUGAUUCAACUCUCCACUCUCAUUAUGUUUAGAUAUCUAGCAUACCCAGAGCUUAAAGAGCCUCCAGGAUUGAUAAAUCUGACUUCAUUUUCCCUUCAUGUCUUGAGCAAAAUAGACAUCUUCUACUAUUCUAUGUUGUUCCUGACCCUGUAUACAGUGCUGGGACCAUGGUUUUGUGGUGAAAUCAUUGAUGACAAGUUGGGCUGCUGCUUUUCCUUUGGGAUAUUUGUUAAUGGGCAUUUCCUUCAAGGCAGUAUGACAUUUGUAGUUGGAAUUCUCCAGCUGGCCUUUUUUAACAUCCCCCUGAUGGCUUACCUAUGUUGGAGCUUACUGCAUCGGUGUUUUGGUCAAAGCUUCAGGUCUCAUCUCCAUCAAGGAAAAUACUUGAAAAUUAUACCUGUUCACUUGCUUAUGGUCCUGCUCUACAUCUGGCAAGUUUAUUCCUGCUACUUUCUUCAUGUGACAUAUGGCACUCUAGCUCUUUUAAUAUCCCCUUUGCGGACCUGGUUGACAUUGCUGACGCCUGUACUCAUUCGAUGUGUGUGGACACUGAACUCAACGGAGUUUGGAACCUUCAUGGUGCAGUUAAAAAGCCACCUGAGCUACUAAAGGUGGUUUCUGACCACUGGCAGCUGUGCAGAAGUCCUGCCUUUGCAUCUGUAGCCCGGGUCCCUGGCCCCAGUCGCAGGCUGAAGGCCAUUAUCUGUGUGUGAGCUUCAGGGGCCACUGCUCCUGGGACUCCUGGAUGUUGGAGGGAUUACUCACUACUGAUUCCUGCAGAGUGGACUGCAGAAAAGUAUAAGCACUGACUUGAUUCUGGCCUUUCUAAGGAGAUAAAGAAAAAGCCGUAAUCAAAGAGCGCCCCGGCAUAGAGGCUGGAUGCAUGCACGGUAGUAUCUCGGGCCCAGUGUGUUUUUUAGGGUUAUCCCGUGUAAAGCAUCUAGCACUGUGCCUGGACCUCAGCGCUGUCAAGGAUGACAGCGCCCUGUGUGGACCUGGGCCAGACCCUGACUACCCUUGAGAUGUUAAUUUCCAACUCUGUUUUCCCACAAGGUUAUGAGUUUUCUGCUUCCUUGGUCGGGGUUUUCAACUAACCGAAUAAAUGACGAAUGACUAGUAAGGAACCCGG